ACAUCUGCAAUAGAAAUUGUACAAUGCUGUGCUGAUCCUCUUCCAUCACCAUCAGAUAUAACCGAAUACAGUGUUCUUCAUACUAAAGUAAAUGAUUCAGAAUUGAUAGAUAUUGACAAAACAAAAGCUGAGAUUAUUAAGGAUAAAUACCAAUUAUUAAUUUUAGCAUCAAUAUUCGCCCGUCAGAACGAUUAUGAGAGUCCUGAUCUAACAAAUCAGUUAAUCGAUCCAAUAACACUACAACAGAAUACAAUGAGAAAAAAAUUAAGGCCAUCACGAAUUUGUACCGAAUGUGGUUUACAUGUUACUGGUCAACGAUCUUCACUUAUUUAUCAUGCAAAUUCGAAACAUCUCAAAGCAGAGUUAUUCGUUUGUAAAAGCUGUAACAAAUCAUGGACAACAGUAACAAAGUCGGAUAUCAUAAAACAUGUACGAGCUGUUCAUGAAGGUGAUGAUAGUCUUAUAGUAGACUACCGAUCACAAUAUUCUCAACAAAUUCGCGAAAUUACUGAUCGAUGUUUUCCUCCUAAAUGUAAAGGUACCAAUCAACGGCCGAAUGAAGGAGCUUUAUUUCAUUAUUCGUUUCGCGUUACCUCGAAAAAAACGUCACAAAUGUUGCUAGUAAUCACAGAUUUUCGACAGAAUUCAUUUAUUCUGGUUGGUUGGGCGAGGACGAGUUAUGAAAAAAAUUUGGGAAUGUUCUCAGUGGAAUUACGAAUUGAAGAAUAA